AGAUAAUAAACCCCUCUCAAAAGUGAAAUAAGAGAUUCCCAAACACACUCAAAACCAAUUGUGCCCUAAUCUCGCUUUCUCUCUCUUUCACAUCAUCACUCUCUCCGAUCAACGCUUCUGCCGUCGUAGCUCACCAAUUGAUCAGCUGCUAUUUUGCUGUUCUGUUUUGUCAAAGAAGUGCACACAGCAAAAUGGACGAUUGGGAGGAUGAGCAAAUUGCACCUAUUGACCUUAUCAAAAAGGAAGUGACUAAAAGUAAAUGGGAUGAUGAAGAUGUGGAUGAAAAUGAUGUAAAGGAAUCAUGGGAGGAUGAAGAUGAGCCUGCUCCGGCACCGGCACCUGCCCCUAAAACGACCGAAAAGGCUCCUAAAAAAUCUGAAAAAGCUGCUGAAAAGAAGGGAAAGAAUGUAGAACCAGUAAAGGAAGAACCCUUGGAUCCUGUGGCUGAAAAACUUAGACAACAAAGACUGGUUGAAGAAGCAGAUUAUAAGUCUACCAAAGAAUUGUUUGGUGGUGGGGGAAAAGAUGAGAAGAACCUUGAUACUUUCAUACCCAAGUCAGAGAGUGAUUUCUUGGAGUAUGCAGAGCUUAUCUCACACAGGCUUCGUGCUUUUGAGAAAAGCUAUCAUUAUAUUGGUUUGCUGAAGGCUGUAAUGAGACUAUCUAUGGUUCAAUUGAAAGGAGCCGAUGCAAAAGACAUUGCAUCUUCAGUUACUGCCAUUGCAAAUGAGAAGAUAAAAGCAGAGAAAGAAGCCAAUGCUGGAAAAAAGAAAGGUGGCAAGAAAAAACAGCUUAUUGUUGAAAAACCGGACGAUGAGUUUGCUAGUAGUGAUCGAUAUGAGGCUUUGGACGAUUAUGAUUUCAUGUGAAAAAUUUUGGUUCGAUUCCAUUCAAAUAGUCAUGGGAUUCUUCAACCUGUUUCAACAUUGGAAGUUGGGACAAGACCCUUCGGCAUACCCUUAUUCUCUAAAAUUGAUGAGAGCUGUCCUGUAAUUUGUCCAAUAAGUGUGUGCAUCAGUGUCUUAUUACUUGUCAAUGUCGAUUUUGUCACACUAUAACUACAUCUGUUUUUCUCAUACUCGGAGGUAGAUUUCAGUAGAUGAUUCAUAUAAUUUAAAAAGUUUGAAGAUGUUGGCAACAUUCAACUUUACUUUUUGGGUAAAUUAUGUUUUUUUUUUGGUCAUGGGGUAAAUUAUGUUCUUGGGUUGUGAUAAUUGAAUUGCCUCUUUCUUCAUACCAGGUCCAUUUAUGUUAAAAGCUGGAUGUUGGCUUUGGCACCAUUUAAACUAUUGAUUUUUUAUACAUAACCAAUGUUAGUAGUAA